UGGGAAUGAAAGAAAUCACAGUGAUAACGCUUGUUGCGCGGCUGCGUACUACACGUCACCUGGACGGGACGUCGAAAGCUUGAUUUUCGAGAAGAAUUCAUCGUGGCCGUGUAUUCCAUGCAGAGGAGCGGGACAUUACUGUAAGAAAGUGUAAGUGAGAGGAAGAUGCCGAAACUACUUUCGCACGUGCAAAGUGAAACUACGUAACACGCGCGAAGACUGGUAACUUCGAUCAUUGAGAUCUCAACGAAUCCAUUUACAAGCGUAAUUCCUACGUGCGUCGCGGGGAAUAAAAGUGGUGUGAUAACGAGCCGAAUUGUUAAAAAACAAAAGUCAUUUCGUGCGCGACGUUGGUAAGCCGACCGCGUGCCGCGUCCGAUACAAUCGCAUCCUAUUAAUGAAUGCAGUUUGCAUCCGCGGCACGCGCGUUAAGACCGUUACGAAAUCUCGCGUCACGUGUGCAAGAACCGAGAGCCACGAGGGAAGAAAGGAAGGAAGGAAGUAACGAACGAAGGAAGGAAGGGAGGAAGGAAGGAAGAAAGGAAGGAAGGAAGGGAGCACGCGAGGCAUUAUUAAACUUCUCGCGCUCUAAUCCGGGUGUAACGCGCGCGUUUACGUGGUUGGAACGAAAACUAUGCGGUACGAUGAAGGGGCCAAGAAUCGGUGGUGGCCUACCGAGCGAGAAAAGGCUGGACUACUGCCAGAAGGCGCGUCAAGCUCGAGGAGUAUUGCUGCUGUACUUGAGUAUCUGCGCUUUGCUGCCCGGCGCUAUUUUCACUGCUCCAACACACGCGCGCGAAACAUCCAAGGAAGGUGCGCAGCGACGUAUAAACGACGCCAAUAAUGACCCGGCGGAAGAUUUGCCCGUUUUCGAGGCGACAGCAGCGAACGUCAGUGCGUUCGUAGGGCGGACCGCGUAUCUGCCGUGCCGCGUGAGAAACUUGGGCGACAAAGUAGUAUCCUGGAUGAGGAGCAAGGACCUACACAUCCUUACUUCGGGAAAUUUUGCGUUCAGCUCGGACGCGCGAUUCGGACCUCAGCAUGCACCAGGAAGCGACGCCUGGACCCUCAGGUUGGACAACGCCAGGAAGACGGAUUCUGGCAAGUACGAGUGCCAGGUCAAUACGGAGCCGAAGAUCAUGUAUGCAGUGCAGCUUUCGGUGCGAGAUCCGGACAAACCAGAGGGGUAUGACGAGCCGCAUUCUCAACAAACGCGCAUAAGUUAUGAGAGUACAGCGCCAGUGGCGGACAUAAUGGGUCCCCGGGAGCAAAGGGUGCCGUCGGGUUCGACGAUCAUCCUGAGAUGCGUCAUAUUGUCGCCGUAUCAGACCCGUCCCAUCAGGGGUGUACAAUGGCUUCGGGAUAACAAACUCCUAACAUUCCAGGCAGCGCGAGGAGGGAUAAACGUGGAGACCGAAAGGGGUGCAGCACGUACGGUGUCUGUGUUGACUUUGGCGGCGGUGACGCAAGAUGACGUCGGAAACUACUCAUGCAGGCCGACGGAGGGUCGAUCAGCCACUGUCACCUUGGUUGUUGAGGAAGGGGAACGCACGGAAGCCAUGCAACGUGACGCCGGAUACGUCUCUUCCGGAAGCGACUUCAGGCACUGGCCCGGACUUCUGCUUCCGUUUUCGUGGCUUCUAAUACUCGCGCGCAACAGCCAAACUUUCUUGCUCUAGCGCACACCCGACAGUAUUUCACGCUUAUUUCUUGCCGUUUCCACCGCUGAGAUGUACCUAAAAAGCGACCAAGUCGAUUUAGAUCGUAAGAUAAACCCUUGUAGCUCUUAAGAACAUAUUUAUAUAAAUCGCGUAUUACGGUGUAUUCCAGGCGCGACACGGCGCGACGUGCUUACUAAAUUCACAAUGCACGGAUUAUGCACAAUCCAGAAGAGGUUUGCGAUGAGAAUUAUUUUCCGUGUACUCCACGGACGUACAAAAAAGUAAUGUUACGAAACUUAAUUUAACUCUGCGAAAAAUGUGUUUAAAGCGCAGUAACGUAGAUCGUACUCUGUAGAAUCGUAAGUGUUCGUAAGCACACUGUAUCGCGAUCGAUGAAUUGAUCGUCACAAUAUAAUUUGUUAGUGUGUAAUAUGAUGGAGGAGCCGAUUAAAAUAAAGCAAUGAGACGGUA